ACAGUUGACGACAGUUCAUCUUCCAUUCUUUACGACCCGCCGAGUGCAUGGACAUCUCCGUCUGGGAACGAUGCACAGGCGUACAUGAACUCGACAUUCCACGGGACAUCUGUCAGUGGUGCGACCGCUAAGCUCACGUUCACCGGGACCGGAGUAUGGCUUUACGGCGCGCGCCAGCCGGAUUACGGCUCCUUCAUCCUCGUGGUCGACAACGAGGUGGCUGCAUACUCUAAUGCUACUGCUUCCAAGCCUACGACCGGUCAAUUGUUGGGAGCGGUCCAGAACUUGGAGAUGGGACAACAUGUGGUGUCGAUCAUGAACGCGGGCUCGGGGCCUAUCGACCUCGAUGCUAUCGUGUACGAGACGGUUGGCCAGACGCAACAGUACGUCUUUCCGCGCACGCGUUAG